UGGUUUAAUUUAUUUGCUUUGUUUACUAACAGCAAACGGUUUUGCCUUGUUUUGCCUCGAAUUCUGGAUAAUUCACAGUUUAUUCUAUCUAUCAGCGAAGGUCAUUUACGAGCUGUAACGUGUGUUAUAUAACACUAUAUAUAGAGAUUUUUGUGGUAAAAUUUUUAACCACCUUGUUGACUUGUGACCGAUAUUUUUCAACUGCUCGUCGGUAUUUUAAUAAUACAAAUAUUCAAAUACUAUAUUUCAAUUGUAUCUGGGCAAGAUGGCAGCGCAGGCUUCGUGUUUAGACUUAGCUUUGGAAGGGGAACGGCUUUGCAAAGCUGGGGAUUGCCAAACUGGUGUAGCGUAUUUCGAAGCUGCAAUACAAGUCGGAACUGAAGAUUUAAAAACAUUGAGCGCUGUCUACAGCCAACUCGGAAACGCUUAUUUCUUUUUGCAAGAGUACGAGAAGGCCUUAGAAUUUCACCGACAUGAUUUGACUUUAACCAGAACUUUGGUAGACCGCGAGGGAGAAGCCAAAGCUAGUGGAAAUCUGGGAAAUACGUUGAAAGUUCUGGGGAAAUUUGACGAAGCAGUUGUGUGCUGUAUGAGACAUUUAGAACUUUCGAAGGAAUCAAGGAACAAGGUACUUGAAGCGAGAGCACUCUAUAAUCUGGGAAAUGUUUAUCAUGCAAAAGGAAAACACGCGGGUCGAAACUUCCACCAGGAUCCUGGAAAUUUCCCCGAGGAAGUCAGAGCACCUUUGGAAAAAGCUGCAGAGUUCUAUGAGUCGAAUUUAAAACUUGUGCGUGAACUGAAAGAUCGCAGAGCGCAGGGUCGAGCCUGUGGUAACCUUGGUAACACCCACUAUCUCUUAGGAAAUUUCAAUAAAGCGAUAAUUUAUCAUAAAGAGCGUUUGACGAUCGCUCAAGAAUUUUUUGACAUGGCAGCGGAGAGACGGGCGUAUAGUAACCUGGGAAAUGCAUACGUUUUUCAAGGAAAAUUUGAUCUAGCUACCGAUUGCUACAAGAAAACCGUGACAAUAGCUCAAUCGCUGGGAGACAGAGCGGUUGAGGCACAGGCUUGUUACAGCUUGGGUAACACAUACACUUUGCUUAACAAUUACGAAGAAGCUUGUAAAAAUCACUUGAAACAUCUUGAAAUCGCCCAGGAGCUUGAAGACAGAAUUGGCGAAGGACGGGCAUGUUGGAGCUUAGGAAAUGUGAACACUUCGUUAGGAAAUCAUGAAAUUGCUCUUGAAUAUGCCACGAGGCAUUUGGAAAUAUCAAAAGAGGUUGGAGACCGAGCUGGCCAAAUUACGGCGCAAAUGAACAUUGCUGAUUUAAAGACUUUACUAGACGUGGAUGAAAAGCCAGUGUAUAACAACAGAAGAAGUGCUUCUUUCACGUCAGGAGAGUCCAGCGCUAGCAGUUCACAGACAUAUCAAAAAGAAAACACACCAAGGCAUUCUAAGGCAAACGUUACAAGCGAGGUACCACCAGCAUCUCGACGAACUAAAUCUGUAGCCGACACCUCCCAAAUUCUAGUCGAGAUGCCGACUAAUAUACAGAAGGCAUCCAGUACCCACGUUCUUGACGAUAAUUUCUUCGAACUACUAUCCCGUUGUCAAGGCAACCGUAUGGAGGAGCAACGAGCAGAACUGCCGAAUUUGAAGAGUAAGAAUUCUGGAAAUGGAGCACGUAUUGCAAGCAAGUCCAGUAGAGCUGGAAGAAGCCGCAAAGUCAAUUCAAUCACACAAGAAGAUAUGUUUGAGUUGAUCAUAAAAUCUCAGGAAUCUCGUAUCAAUGACCAACGCUGUGACCCUGAACUUAUACAGCAAGCCCCAACUGUCCCAGACGAGGAUUUCUUUGGCCUAAUCUUGCGCCUGCAGUCAAACCGUAUCGAUGAACAGAGGUGUAGUUUACCAGAAAACCGACGAAGCAACGGUAAUGGCACGAAUCCUAAAGAACCCAAGUCACAGUACAGAAAAGAAUCACAGCUUUAAACAAGAUGUGGAACUUCUAUUUGAGAAUUGGGAAGAUUAAACAACGUUUAAAGUCGUGUCUGUAUGAUAAAAGAAGUGAAAUAUAAGACAAAUCGUUUGUAAUAUAGUAUGGAACUAUGCUAUAAUUUUAAACCUUUUAGACACCGUAUAACAUUAGAACCAAGUUGACGAAUGGUUUCCAUUUUUUAAUUUUUACAUCUGAAGAUAAAAGAUUAUAAUAUAAUGCGAUGCAUGCAGGGAUUUAAUAUGUUAAUUUGUAAUCACUGUGUUUGUAACAGUUAUUUAAAACUUGCUUUAUUUGUUUGUUCAGUGUUUUACCCAAAGU